GCGGCUCAGCUCCCUUCGCGGCCCUGGGGCGGCGGGGCGGCGGGGCUGUGGGCGUGCGGCCUCGCGUGCGCCCGGACUCGCCCCGCUACAGCGCGCCGAGCGGGGCAGCGUCGCCCGCCAUGACCCGCUGGAGCCCGGCGUGAGGGGCCGAGGCUCCACAGAUGCUCUCUUCUCCCCAGAUGCUGCGGUGACCUGCCAACUCCUCUGUGGCCCCGCUGUGGUUGCCUGGUCUUUUCUUGCUCUGGGGGUGCCCCUUGCCACUGCCAGCCACCAUGUCCACCUCAUCAUUGCGGCGCCAGAUGAAAAACAUUGUGCACAACUACUCAGAGGCUGAGAUCAAGGUCCGGGAGGCCACAAGUAACGACCCCUGGGGCCCAUCCAGCUCACUCAUGUCCGAGAUCGCUGACCUCACCUACAAUGUGGUGGCCUUCUCUGAGAUCAUGAGCAUGAUCUGGAAGCGGCUCAAUGACCACGGGAAGAACUGGCGACACGUCUACAAGGCCAUGACCCUUAUGGAGUACCUCAUCAAGACGGGCUCGGAGCGUGUUGCACAGCAGUGCAAGGAGAACAUGUACGCGGUGCAGACACUGAAGGAUUUCCAGUAUGUGGACCGAGAUGGCAAGGACCAGGGUGUCAACGUGCGGGAGAAGGCCAAGCAGCUAGUGGCGCUGCUGCGGGACGAGGACCGGCUGCGGGAGGAGCGUGCCCACGCGCUUAAGACCAAGGAGAAGUUGGCGCAGACGGCCACGGCCUCAUCAGCUGCUGUGGGCUCCGGGCCCCCUGCGGAGGCGGAGCAGGCCUGGCCACAGAGCAGCGGGGAGGAGGAGCUGCAGCUGCAGCUGGCACUUGCCAUGAGCAAGGAGGAGGCUGACCAGCCCCCAUCCUGUGGCCCCGAGGACGAUGCCCAGCUCCAGCUGGCCCUUAGUUUGAGCCGUGAGGAGCACGAUAAGGAGGAGCGAAUCCGCCGUGGGGAUGACCUGAGGCUGCAGAUGGCCAUUGAGGAGAGCAAACGGGAGACAGGGGGCCAGGAGGAGUCGCUCAUGGACCUUGCUGACGUCUUCACGGCCCCAGCGCCUCCCCCAGCUGCAGACCCCUGGGGGUGUCCAGCACCCACCGCUGCCCCCACUGCAGACCCUUGGGCACCUUCUGUUCCAGCUGCAGACCCCUGGGGGGGCCCGGCCCCCACACCAGCCUCUGGGGAUCCCUGGAGACCCUCUGUACCCUCUGGGCCUCCGGUGGACCCCUGGGGGGGUGCCCAGGCUCCUGCAGCAGGCGAGGGGCCCACGUCUGAUCCUUGGGGGAGUGCGGAAGGUGGGGCCCCCGCUGGCGGACCCCCUACUUCCGAUCCCUGGGCUCCGGCCCCAGCCUUCUCAGACCCCUGGGGGGGGUCCCCUGCCAAACCCAGCACCAAUGGCACCACAGCUGCCACAGGCUUCGACACGGAGCCCGAUGAGUUCUCAGACUUCGACCGGCUGCGCACGGCCCUGCCGGCGUCCGGGAGCAGCACAGGGGAGCUGGAGCUGCUGGCCGGGGAGGUGCCAACCCGCAGCCCUGGGGCCUUUGACAUGAGCGGGGUUGGGGGCUCUCUGGUGGAAACUGUGGGAAGCCCCCCGUCCACCACCCCUACCCCUACUCCUCCCACACGGAAGACUCCAGAGUCGUUCCUGGGCCCAAAUGCGGCCCUGGUGGAUCUGGACUCGCUGGUGAGCCGGCCCGGGCCUGCGGCGUCCGGGGUCAAGGCCUCCAACCCCUUCCUGCCCAGCGGAGCCCUGGCCAGUGGCCCCUCCGUCACGAACCCCUUCCAGCCUGCACCCCCUGCGACACUCACCCUCAACCAGCUGCGGCUCAGUCCCGCGCCUGCUGCUCCUGGAGCGCCACCCACGUACAUCUCCCCACUGGGGGGGGGCCCUGGCCUGCCCCCCAUGAUGCCCCCGGGCCCGCCGGCCCCCAACACUAACCCCUUCCUACUAUAAUCCUGGGCGGAAGGGGCGGCCGCCCUGGAUGGCAGUGCUGUGAGUGCAUGUGAAUGGGGCCACCUCCCUUCAGGCCCUCACACUACACCCCUUCCCAACCCCCCCACCCAGGAGAGACUGAACGCAGGGAAGGGGGUGCUGGCCAGAGGGCCCUUUCCUGUGGCAUUACAGAAGGCGGGACAGCGGUACCCCACGCACUCCCCUCCUUGCACCCCAGCAGCCCUUGAUCAGUGUUCCACCCGCCCUCCCCUACCCCCUGCGCCCUCGAACCCUCAGUGAUGAUUUUGGCAACUUGGGGAAUAAAUGGCAAUUGUCACGGGUGUGA